AUGGCUGUGGAAGGUUUAAACUUUGAUGAAAAGGUCGCAGAGGUGGUACGCAACUAUCGAGUGUUUUACUACAAACAAGGACGCCAUUUCAAAUACAGAUCGAAAGAAAAAUACUCAAGCGUGGAAUGAGGAAGCCACCGAAAUGGGAAUGAAAAAAGGUAAUUACGGAAAGACAGACCUAGUUGUCAUCUAAGCCUCAGAGGAAUAAGUAAUAACAAUACUUGGCGUUUAAGCGUGUUCCCUACCAUGCUGGCCAAGCCAUGACAGAAGACUAGGAACUCGUGAAUUUCAUUACCUUUGUGCUUGAGUUUAUGCUUGCGUCGGGGUCCGUUUUCACUUGACAAGAUUCCAAAGCUUGCGCUUGCUUACCUCGCAAAUUGAAAACCAGGCUUGAAUUAAGCACUCGCGGCUCUGCCAAACAUUUUCUUUAGUACGAGGCUAAACCUGCGCAUUAAUGAGUGGUAUCGUAUUUUUCGGAAAGGCCUACGAUUUUAAAAUUGGAAAAAGCAAGAACUACUGAAGGGCUAUUCAUGUCCGUUUUUUUGCACAUCCUUUUAAAUCCCUGCCCUUUCACUUUUUUCCACUGCAGCCUUCUUCCUCUUCCCCUGGGUUCACCUUCAACAGCACCAGUCCUGCACCUUCUUAGGAUCUCAUUAAGGUUGGAACACCAUGAAUUUUCUAAGAUUCUACCCCUUUGUUAAAUUCUUGGUUUAGCCAAAGGUGCUUUCGAUUGACCUUAUUCUGGAAUAGGAAUACAUUGAAUAAUCCGAAAAAUCCGGUCGACUGACCUUCUAUUCUAAUUCCAGAAUAACUGGAAUUAAUAUAUUCCAAACAUUCUACUCGGGCAAGCAUAAUACUUGAAAUAAAGGAAUAAAAUGACUUGAUUUUCCUUGUGUCGCAGUCAGUUUUCAAACAAAGAAAGAAAAUGGCAAACUCCGUCAGUGACAAUAAACGAUAUUUCAAGGAAAAAGACGAGUUAUUCAGCAGAAAAAGAUAACUACUGGAGCAGAGAAGAAAUUCUUUAGUAUAUUUCUUCUUGUUCCUGAAUUUCUCAGUCGUAUAUUAAAGAAAUUCCAGCGAACAGCUUCCCUGUGCUCUUUAAAUAUAAUAUUUUCCAAAUUACAAAUUAAACUAUCUUUCAAGCAAACCUUUCCUCCGUCUUAUACUAUCCAUGAUAGAAUUUCAAUAUAUGUCCGUUUAAACAACGUUGUUAAUUGACGCGAUAUUUGUAACAAUACCCGAGACAUCACUGUUGAUAAUAAACAAAACACGUGUCAUCUAGUUAUCUCAAAACAGAAGUUAUUCCAGCUAUUUCGGAAAAAUCCAGAAUAUGGUCCUGUUCCAGAAAAAGGUCAAUCAAACGCGUCCUUAAUAUCCUUACAACUAAUGGAAGUAAAUAGAAAGUUUUUUUUUUUUUUUCAGGACAAAUGUCAGGGAAAUGCGACCUAGAGGAUCUAUUCAAGUCAUUUGCUCAACAAAUGCCGCUGAGGGGUUGCGAACUACUUCAAGUAAAUUUUCUGUGCCUUUUGACAUUUAUAAAUACGCGUUUUUUGGUCAAUACAAAAUGUUGAAAGGUCCUUCAUGGAUAGCUCACAACUUACAGGCUUGAGAGAUCAUUAUUUCAAACAACAAAAGAAAGAUUUUCUCGUCAUCUCUGAGAAAGAAAAUUACCCUGACCUGAAAUUGACGGAAAGAGAGGUUUGUGCGCAAGUUUCAAAAUGCGAAGAACGUCUCACUGAAAUCCUUAAAACGUGGUUAUAUUCCAAACCCUUUUAAUAUUAAUUUUGAGUGAUCGUUGUAACUUCUUUGAGGAAUAUCGCUUUCAGUGGAAUGGACAUACAACCCAUGUCUAAAGCCUGCAAUAAAGUAAAAACACCUACCUCCCAGUGAACGCAAAAUCUUGUUUAUUUGAAAUAAAGCGACCAACGUUCGGUGGUUAUUUCACUAUAAGGAUGAGGCUCAGCCUUACGUCCUUGCAUUGUUAGGUAGUUUAAUCCGUUUUACAGUCAAUGCCAGCUACGCGUUUCCAGUCGUUAACGGACUAAUGAAUUCAUUCUUCGAAAAUUGAUUCGGUUUGGCGGUUCAAUAAUCCAUUCGUAAAAUGAAAAAUUCAAAUUAGAGGCAUUCGAUUUGUUUUUGCAGACAGCUUUUAAAAUUCGACGUUUUUCAAGAGAGCAACUUGAACAAAUAAAAAAAAAGCAGUAUCACAUCCCUGAAAAAAGUGGGGAUCCUUCCAGUACAAAGUUGGGAUCCUGUUCCGCAGCGCGAGCUUACACUGUUUGCAGUUACAGGCACCAACCUUCUGUCGCAGAAAAUGGUUUGUACCUUGGAACCACUAUAUUGCUUUUUGUAACAUCCAUUCAUAGGGCUGAUUUCAGUUGGGUGUGGGAAAUACCGUCGCACACCAUAGAUACUAGCGGUGUACAUUGCACCACUGUAUAGGAAAAUAUUUGAUAGUAAGAAAAAAUAAUGAUUUGGGGAUUUUGGUCUUCAUUGACGUAGACGUUAACUAGUGCACACAACAGCUACCUUCAAUUAAUUCCAUCUUGAGAAAAACGCAGUUAAAGCAAUUAUAACAUCGAACUAAUACAGAAUACUGCCCAAAUUAUAAUUAUGCUACCAAUUCAGUGUUCAUAAACCAAAGUCUUACCAGUAGUGUGUUUUAAAGGCGGUAUAGUCAGAUGCAUAGAUUGAGGUAAUUUUUAGUAAGACAACGACAAAAAACAAACAAACAAACAAGAUAACUUACAGAUGUUUGGAAGUCUUUGAAAAAGUGGAUAGAAAGCAAUGUAACAUUGCAAUUGAGGAAGGGGCACCAUUUUUACUUGUAUGGGUGUAUUCAUUUGAUUGCUGUUUUUCAGUGGGAAUUACUGUGUUCAUGGUUACCUGUGAGAGUUCGCAUCAAGAGGCCAUUUUGCUUGUUUACAACCAACGAUGCCGGAUACAGGUAUUGCCUUAAUUUGAGCACACUGCACAGCCUUACUGCGAUCACAAUAUACUUUUUAUCUUGAUUAUGCCGGACAUGCUUUUGCAUCGAUUCUGCAAAAAAAAAAAGAAAAGAAAAGAAUCGAUUUUGCAUGCUUGUUUUAGUAUCAAAGAUAGCUGUCUGUUUGUAUUUGGUCUCGGUUCCUUUUUUCAUCGAGGUGUCGGAAGAGCUGAGUUGAUGAGUUUAGUCUAAAAUUAGCAUUUUUUAGGUCGUCAUCACCGAAAAAGAUAUACCUUAAUGGAGUUGUUGUUAAUAUCUCAUGCUCCAACAGAAAUCAAGAACACCAUGGACAGCUGCUACCGCCUUGAAUUCUAUGUUCCUUUUAAAUUUGCGGUGCCUGCCCUUAUGGUUUUGCAAAGAAAACCUUACACCCAACUGGAAAUUUAUCUGUCAUCAGUGUGGGUCUCGACGAACAUGAGUGAGCAAGAUUAUUAAUUUUACUCUCCUUGAUGGGAAAGCCUCUUAAAACUUUAGUUUUUAUAAAAUAUUGAUACGUCAGGGGAAGACAGGAACAAUGUGAGUCUAAAUAAAUAUGUAGGACCAUAGGGUGGAAAGCUAAUUUCAGUCCGCUAUUCCAGACAGACGGACGGACGGACGGAUGGUUACGGAGAUGGGAGUAUGGGGGAUGAGGGGAAAGAGGGAAAGAGAAAGAAAUAUAUCGCAUCAGUAAGGUUUCCGGUGCCCGCUUUAAUCCUGAUGUGAUCAGUCAAGAGCGUAACUACGGCUUUGGUGUAAUGGCCUUUACGAAACCCGUGCUAUUUUCGGAUCUAAAAAAGCUGAUUCAUUUCAAGAAACUGGCUAAGCUGCAUGUGGACCGCCUUUUAUAGUUUCUUGGAUACUACCUACAUGAGAGAUAUGGGACGAUAGUUAUUCAUGUUUGUGCGAUCUCCUGCUUUAUGUAAAGGGGCGACUUUAGCCAUUUUCCAGUCUGUUGGUACGCGUGCAGUUGUGAGUGAAGUGUUAGUCAGCCGUGUGACUAGUCAGCGCUAUCCUCAGUUCAGCAAAUGCUCGGUUACGAGGGCAGCGUGCAUGAGCAUCGCAUACACCGGAACACACCCAUCACCCCUGGUAACAGGUCAAAUCACCAAGACUGAUCAUCUCCUUGUCUUCGCUAAACAUAUUAGUUAGAACAUCUUGAAGUAUUCAGAUGAACUUAGUGUAGUGAUAGUCGGACGUAUUCGGUGAAGGACAGAAGUUCCCCGCAAGGAAACCCCUUCUCAGACCCUUACUGCUCGGCUGUACGAUUCCCACCCAUAUCCUUUCUAUUUCCUCCCUUUCAAAUUUCAUUUGUCUGAUGUUCGAAACCGAGUCUGAUUCAUACACCAUCACCCCUCCAUUCUAGCUGCGCGGUCUAUCUCUACGAUGAGUUGUAAAUCCGUCCAUCGCGAGCUUCCUAUUUGGGAGUGUGUUUCUGACAGGUCGACGAUAUUAACACCUUAUUUAAGACCACAGAAUAUGUCCAGGUUCUCCAGUUUGGUAGUCAAGGAUCGAAUAUUUUGGUGGACGAUUCUCAAACCUCGGGUCUAACAGAGGUCACUCAUCUCCUGGAGAAUCGGCUAUGCUUUUUUAACCUCGGUCAAAUGAAGCUUUUGCAACUUUUGAGUAUGCCGAUCCCAGAAUGGCCAGCAAAUAUAAAUGGCGAAAUGUGGUCUCUCAUUUUAUUCAUUUUUACUACCCGAGUAAGAAUAACAACAAUUCAACACAGUUUUCUAUGAGAGUGUACACGCCAUUGAGCUUUCUCCAGGCUUUCUUUAACUUGUCGUCACAUCUCUUUGCUAAUCAAUGUUCACUGUAUACUGGAUCAUGGAACAUUAUUAUUUUUAAAAACUGAGAAUAACUGUUGUGCGUUGAUAUGGUCAAUGCAGUAAUAAAAGUUUAAGAACCAAUUUGAAUAGCCCUUUAUAUAAGGCAGUUCCCUUGAAAAUGAUCUUCCAUCGAGAUUUUUUUCAAACUUGGCACCAUUGACAGACAUAUAAUAUAUAGGGCAUUAUAAUACUGCAAUACUGCACCGUACUUAGCUUUCGCCUUGUAUGCCGGUAAUUCUAAGUGUUGUUUGCUUAUUGCGCGCAAACUGUUCGAAACUUGAACAACAGUACGCAAACAAUUCAUGUUACAUGGCAAAAACUAUGAGCUAUAAUUUUUCAGUAAAGUGACUUCAAAUUACCUGAUCUUGCAAAAAAAUGUAAGAAAAUGGACAGUUUUAACAUUUUGACCGCGGCAAGAUUAGAUCAGUCGGUAGAGCGAUGACUGCAGAGCGGGAGGUCACAGGUUCAAUUUCCGGGGUCGGACCAAUACUUGGGGUCUUAAAAAUACUGAGAAAUGAAGGCACUGCCUUUAAAAAUAGGGACCCCAAUUGGCACUUUCGUGCUAAAUACACUGACACUCAAAUAAAGUGCUUUUUUUGAAAUGUCAUACUCCUGUGUGCCAAAUACAGAGUCUCCAUUCAUAUCUAAAUAAUACAACUUCUACUAAGCAGAUUUUUUCUCCCUAAAAUAUAGUUUCCUCGUAUCCAUAACGAGUGAAACAAGCAAAACGCCAAUAAAAGAAGGGUCACCGUUCUCGUUUACCUCUCUUUAGGCGACCGGUGAAAAUCCCCUUCACCUUUGAGGUGGCGAUGAUAUACGCAGUAGUUGAUGCACAGCGCAAAACAAGGGAAUUACCAAAUACUAGCCCUUUAUUUUUCCCGAGAGGUUAAUAAACGUUUUUCUUCAUAUAUAUAUUUACUUAUCAGUAUAAAGACUCUGUACAUCAACUGUGAGGGUCAUGUUCAAACAAUACUUUUAAUCGAGACAUCUAGUGGAGAGGUAAGUGAAAAGGUCUACUGGUUAGUUCUCAAACUCAUUAAUUAUAUGCAAGAAUUUAUCAGCCAAUGCGAACAACUAUUUGGUCACAUAUUAUUUUUCAUAAAAAAUGAUAAAACACUAGUGACAGGUUUGGAUAUGAUAUGUAAUCGCUAGAGGAGUUUGUAUGUGCCACAGUGAAAGGUAUGGUUUUCAAGCACUUUACUCUAGGACAGGGUAUAUAAAUCAGAGCGUUUGGCUCUAGAAUAGGGUAUCAUUUUUCAGGGAAACUGAUGAGUUGGUUGAAGAUUUUAUCUAGACUAGGGAUUGUGGUAUAAGGUUUUGUUUUGGCUAGACUACUGUGCUAGUGACCUCAGCAGUUCCUGGAAAACAGCCACUCUAGGAUAGGGGGGAUUAAUUUGGGGAGUUUACUGUAGUAGAGGGUAGCAAAAUUCAGCUGAACUAACUCUGGUAUAAGUUAAGGGAUCCAGGGUCCCAGCGGCACAUCCCCACUCAGAAAUUCCUAACGUACCCCCCUCGGAGGUCGACACUCCCAGAGUGGAGCGACAAUUGGCCGAUACUCGACCGCUAUAUUGACCUGGUGUGUAACGAUGCUCGUACGAUCUACCCUCUAGUAGGCCUCAGUCGACAAUAACUUCAACGACUCAUUUACAUCUAUCUGAUACUCUUGAGCCUGGGUAUGUUCCGUGA